CGCAGGCGCAGGAAGAAAUCGGGUACAGAGGCGCGCCACCAAGAAAGCACAUUUACUCAAGUUCCGCGCGAGCGUGGAAGAGAUGGAAGAAAGGCCCCGCCUCCUGUGCAUCCUCCGGGGGUUGCGCGCGCAGGUGGCGGGAAGCUCCUUUCCUCUCCUUGCAGGUCUGUUUUGAAAGAGUUGGUGGGGCGCUGGUGGCGGAGCUCGACGGAAAUGCGCCUCCCGUGCGACGUGGUGGUGGUGAGUCGCCUGCUGCCCUCAGCGGGGAUGCGGGCCCCGGGACGCGCUGCCAGGGCUCUGCUCGCCCUGGGGAAGCCAACCGGAGGAGAAGGAGGCGUCUGCCUUCUGGUCAGCACUGCCCGCCACCGCCCUGGAGCCAAAUACCAGUUGAGAGAGAACAUCGAUCAGCUUUUUACCAAGUUUGUGGAUGAAGGAAAAGCCACCUUACGGCUAAAAGAACCAGCUGUGGAUAUUUGUCUUAGCAAGGCAAAUGUCAGUGAGCUGAGGACUUUCCUUUAUGCAGUGAAAUUGGCUCAUCAAGGCACCAAAGAGGAAACUUUACCACUUUCUAAGCUGGUGUCACCAAAGGCCUCUGAAGUUGAAAAACCAAAAACCAAGAUGACCAUAACAUCAAAGAAGGAUUAUCCUUUAACUCGGAAUUUCCCAUACUCUCUGGAGUAUCUCCAGGCCUCCUAUUGCAAAUUAGCUCGUAUAGAUAUGCGUAUGCUUUGCCUGAGAAACCUUCGGAAACUGGACUUGAGCCACAAUAGUAUUAAACAGCUCCCAGCAACUAUUGGGGACCUUGUUUGCCUUCAGGAGCUCAAUCUACAGGACAAUCAAUUGGAGUCAUUCAGUGUGGCUCUAUGUAACUCUACUCUCAAAAAAUCACUUCAGUCUCUGGAUCUCAGCCAGAAUAAAAUCAAAGCACUGCCUGCACAAUUUUGCUGCUUGCAGAAACUUGUACAUUUGAAGUUAGAUGAUAAUAAUCUGAUCAGAUUGCCAUUCAAGAUUGGUCAACUGUCGCAUCUCCGCUUCUUAUCUGUGGCUCGUAAUAAACUUCCAUUUUUGCCCAGUGAAUUUGCUAAACUCUCACUUGAGAGCUUGGAUUUAUUUGGCAAUCCUUUUGAGCAGCCGAAGCCACUUGUUCCUGAUAUACACUUAAAAAUACCACUGACUUUACUAGAAUAUUCUGCAAGGGCAACUAUCAAUUACAGGAUCCCAUACGAUUGCCGCAUUCUUCCUUAUCACCUUCGCGAUGAUCUUGAGAUGUCAAAAACUUGUCAAUGUGGACGUGCUUGCUUGACCUGCUUCAUUCAGACAACAGUGACUAUGAAUCUGCACAGUGUGGCCCACACAGUUGUUCUUGUGGAUAAUAUGGGAGGCACAGAGGCCUCCAUUCUUUGCUAUUUCUGCUCUCUCACUUGCUAUUCUCAGUUUCUGGACAGACAUCUGCAAAGUGUGAGGUGAUCAGAUUAUAAACUGAGAAGUUUUAUUCAGCAAAUGCUAAACUUCUGUUUUGUACUGGAAGAAAAAGAAACAAUAUGCUGGAACAAGGCUUCUCAUCUGUAAACCAUCUCCUUUUUUAUUAUCUGAAGACUGUAAAAGUGUUUAAAGUGUUAGAUAUUAUUCCUGAUGCCAGGUGCAAGUUCCUCCCUAACUUCUAUGUAAUGCUGAGAAUGGAAUAGCCGGAGCUCACAUCCUCUCAACUGGGAAAAAAUCCUUUUCUACUCUUAUUUUAGCACAAUUUUUUUUAUAAAAACAGUAAUGUUUUUCUGAGUAAAAUGUAUUUUCAGAGAUGCUGUAAAACACAUAGUGCUUUGAAUGCAGAAUUUGCUAUCAUUUUUGAAAAAUUCUUAAUUUAUAAACUAUUCUUUGAAAAUGGGAAGCGCUAAACUCUCAUGACAGUAUUUGGAAUUCAUUUUUAAAAAUAAAUACACACUUUGUGCAAUCUGUAUAUGCCUGUCAAAGGAAGGUUUGUCACACCAAUGUAACCAAUGAUAUUUAGAAACAUUUUGAUUCAGAACGGUAGCAUUGUUAAACGGUAAAGAUCAUAUUAUAGUUUGUAUACAAUAAUUUAUUGACUACAAAAUACAAUUUACAGUGUUUUUGUAACAUAGACAAUAAUUUCCAGAUAUCAGUUGAAAAUUUAAAAUCAGCAUAAGAUUUAUUACCAGGUCAGAUGGAAAUUGUGCUUAGACUAAAACAUGAUGCUUUAACUACACCAUGAAUUUAGAAAUUUGUUUCCAGUCUCAGAGAAAAAUACAAAAGUUCUCUUGUUACUAUAGGAAAUAAAACUUAAUUUUAAUACUUUAAAAGUCUAGAAACCAGAAAAUUGGUUUUUAGUCCCACCUUAGGCAAGAACUAGCGGGAUGACUGAGCAGUCUCAGCACAUUUCACACACAUAACCUUUAUACUAAAAACAUGGAUGUAGCUUAUGCAAAACAUCAUUGUUAUGCUUUGGGGUAAACAUGAGCUCACAAGGAAACAAAUGAAUUGUAAGGGAGUUGACUUACAGGGAGGAAAUGAAAAAAAGUUCUCCAACAGAGAUCUUUAGUGGCCCAGAGCACAUUUAUACUGUACACACGAUUAACUGAUGAUGGACUAUCAAGUCAUUGUCAACUCUUAGGAUGAUCUGUUCCUAACCUGAUCUUUCAGAUGUUAUCUAUACAGGUACCGUAUGGCCAACAAGCUAGGAUAGUUAGCCUGAUUGGAGAGAAUCAGUUGCCCAUUGUCUACGGAAACAACGUUUUUGGUGCUUUCUGAGCUUGGUGGUGGUUUUGCAGCGGUUUCAUUACCCAACUAGGUAACCGUCUGCAAGAAAAUAACCAAGCUCAGAGAGCACGAAGGAACCUCACCGUUCAAUCCCGAGGUGCAAAUAUUCUCUUCUAUGCUUUCAAAGUUAUUGAAAAGGCCAGAAAAUUUGGACAGCAGAAUAGUUGUUCUUUUUGCCUCCUACCAAUCAGAUUCAUUUCGGGAAGGUCAGCGCGAAGCGACUCCUUUCUCCGAGAGCGCCUCUAGCCGUACAGAAACCUUGAGGGCCAGAUUACG